AAUCCUUGAAUUAUACUCAGUGGUAUAUUUACAGUUAGAGAGCAAACAAUACUGUACAGUGUACAUUAGUACAUGCGUAAUUGGUAGAGGAAGCUUGUAUUUCUGUUAAUUAAACAAGAUCUGAGAUACGUUAAAAAUGAAAAAGUUUUGGCACAGUGGACAUUUGAAUAUCUCCGGAGAGAUUGGUGAUCAUGAACAACCCGUUGGUAACAUAAACCUGGCCUAUGUACACGAGGGACGGAGACAUAGUGUUCUAGAAGUUAUCUCGGAAGGAUCUUCCGAGGAUGAACGCGAGCAAACCUUUUCCAAGUCCUCAGGAACACCCGGAGGAAAGGCUGAAAAUGAUGCCUUUCACGUGGAUCGAGAACUGAAAGGGGUUGUUGGGUUUAAACUGUCUCCGCAGUUGACAAAAUCCCAUCCUAGACGGGAUAGUAUCCAAGUGGAAGAAUCAGGUUCCGACGAUGAAGAGUCAGCGCAGGCGCAGAGAGAAAUUGACAUCUGGGAUAGACCCAAGGCAGGGAUCUCUAGAGCUGAAAUUCUUCCUUAUCUUUUGGAAAAAAUGAACGAGGUUGAAGACGCCUGCGUCGAUGAAAAUUGCCCGUACAAUAGAUGGUUGUACGCAGGUAAAGAGCACCCUGAUCGUAGUGAGCUCGACGAGUGGGAAGUUUCUAAGUUACGGGAUUUUUCUAUCCCAAGACCGAGCAUUUCUGGGUUUGAAAUUUCUUCCGAUUCAAAAUCUCGGGUUAACAUUUCCAGUUUCGAGGGUUCAAAGGUUUCCAAAGCUUCCAACUCAGUAAUGGAGAGCACUAAAAUGUCCCAGGAUUUGAAUCUAAAUCGGUCAUCAAAACAUAAAGAUCUAUUUACCGCUCUCCCACGGACCAAUUCCACGUCAAUUUCUUCCUCCGACUCUAUAAGAUCCUUCUCCUCUGUUCCAAUAGAGUCUAAUGCAUCCACCUAUCCAAUUAUCACUCUAUCUACAAGAUCAAGACAAACUGAAAAGAAAAGAAACCCCUCUCUCUGCUGUUUCCCAGUGUCGGGGAAUAAAUCAGAAGAUGAGUAUAAAUCCUAUCCUCUCAAGGAGCUAUCCAGACCACCGUCCUCCUGCUCCUGCUCUCAUUCCUACAGUUCGUCCUGCAGUUCCUGCUCCACCUGUAUACUAGAGCAUGAGGAUCCUACUGCUCCGCAUGCCUUCACUGUACAGGAUAAUAAAGUCAAGGUUAAGAGGAACCCCUACCUGCCCCGGUGUGAUAUCUCGUGCUGCGCGACCUUCUCCUUCAUCAUUAUCUGCCUGGUCGCCCUCACAUGCGUCCUCCUCUACCUCUACUUCAACACCAACGCGAUGAGCAAGGGCAUGACCGACAGCUGAGUUGUUAAACAAUUUCUAUCAAUGUGACCGUUUUUAAUUUUUAGUGACUUAUUAUUUUUAAAUUUUGAAUACAAAUUAUUGUUUAUUUUAA